AUGCUGCAGUUACUCAUUUUUGUUCUGUCUGUGUCGCUUGCAGUUUGUCAGAACACGAUUACCGUAGAUACCCCAAUAGGAAAAAUAACUGGCUUGCAACAGUUUAAGGUUAUUGGUCCUCAAAACUACACUUACAAUGAAUUCAGGCGUAUUCCAUUUGCAAAACCACCGGUGGGAGAUCUAAGAUUUCAAAAACCUGUUGCGUUUGGUUCCUGGAAUCAAACAUUGAAUGCUACAUAUUUUGGAAGUGCUUGUAUUCAGGGACAACCUUCCAAAAUAGUUAGUGAAUUCAUUCCUAACAAUACCAUAUCAGAAGAUUGUUUAUUUCUUAACAUCUACGUCCCAACCAGUAAAUCCUCGUCCGCUGCCAAAAAGGCUGUAAUGAUUUGGAUUCAUGGAGGAUCGUAUAUUUCUGGCACAGGAAUGUUAUAUAAUGGUGCAUACAUGGCAUCAGUUGGUGACGUAAUCAUAGUCACCGUGAAUUACCGUCUUGGUGUAUUUGGAUUUCUAAGUACCGGGAACGAAAAUGCUGUCGGAAAUUAUGGACUUUGGGACCAGAAAAUGGCUAUUGAAUGGGUUAAAGACAACAUAGAAGCGUUUGGAGGAGAUACCAGUAACAUAACUAUAUUUGGAGAAUCGGCCGGCGGUUUUAGUGUCUCUUUGCACAGCUUGAUUCCACAGAAUAAAGGUUUAUUUAACCGCGUGAUUGCACAAAGCGGAGUCUCCACUUCCUUUGUCGCAACCGAAUAUAAUAUAACAUAUUACACAACAAGGAUUAUAAACGUUUUAAAGUGUACGUCUGCCCAGCAGUCUCAAGAAAUAAAAUGUCUGAAAAAUAAAUCGGCCUUUGAUAUCCAAAAUGCAUAUAAUUACCUGUACAAUUUACCAAUUAAAGACCCUCACGAUUUUCUCGUGUUUGCGCCAAGGGUAGAUCGAGAUUUGUUAAUGGACCACCCAAAAUUACUUCUGAAGAACCGGUCAUCCGAAGCCUACAAUUUUUUCCGUUCUCUAGACAUGAUUAUUGGUAACGUUAAUUCUGAAGGCUCCUUACUUCUGGGUAAUCCGUUGACAAGAUUACAGACAGCAUAUCGAUUUAACAUAGAUCUCGGUAUUCCUCGGUCUGUAUUGUGUGACCACUUAGCAACAACAAUGGCUUUGGACGACUACAACAACAACACUAAAAUUGCACCUGCUGUUUGUCAAAAAUAUGGUUAUUCCUUAGGACUUUACCACAGUAUGAACAGCAUUUAUUAUUAUGGGGAUAUUUAUUUCUACAGUAAAACGGUUGAAACGUUAAAUUUUCAUUCUGAAGGAACUCCAUCAUCAAAGACAUUUCAAUAUUUAAGUGCCAAAAGAACUAUCCUCAGCAAAAGAGUACCAUUGUGGUUUGAAGGAGCAAGUCAUGCAUCAGAAAUACCAUUACUCUUUCCAUUUUAUAAUUUCCUGUCAAACAAAUCUGAAGAUUUAACAUUAAGCUUAAUUGUGAUGAAAUACUGGACCAACUUUGCAAAAUACGGAGAUCCGAAUGACGAAAAACUUCCAAGCUGGUCGCAAUAUACACAAAGUAACAAAGCUUAUCAGAUUUUGGAUGUUACCAUAUCAUCUGACAAAGACAUGUACAAAGACCGGGUUGAUUUCUGGCUCAUAGACAUUCCUAAACUUAUUAACUCAACAGCUGAUGAGUCUUCUUUUACUACAAAAAGAAAAAGUGUAACUCAAAUGCACCAAGCGUAUCAUAGCUUAACAGGUCAACUUCUCAUUAAGAAUAAAUACCCGAAAACGGAAAUGUCAUUACAAGGAAACACUAUAAAAUGGUGAAUUAUUAAAACGUAUUAUAUUUUAGACAGAAAAAAAAAAUAAAUAUAGCACAAAUGAACAGUAUUUUUUUUAAUUGAAAAAAAAUUAUCAAAUUGACAAAGUUCUCCGUCUAAUUGUCAGUUGUGGACUGGAUUUGUUACGAACUUAUUGCUUGGGUCCGUUUAUCAUAGAUAAAAUGACUUACAUAUAAAAUUUUAAAACGUAUAUUGUAGCACAAAAAAAAUGUAUUAAAUGUAAAGAAAAGAAAAAUGUUUGGAUUUAUACCGUAAGUAAGUAUCAAAUAUAAGAAAAAAAAACCCCAAAAGUUUGUUUAAGUAUGACUUUAUGGUUUAUUGAAAACAACAUAUCUAGGCCUAUAUGUAAUAUCAAUGAAUAUUCAUUUGGUACUUUCUUAUUCAUUCUGGUAUUUAACCUUUUUGGUAAUUAGCUAUACUUGUAAAACCGGAUGUUGUUAGCUGUCUGCAGAUGUACAAUAAAUGUGAUACUUUCAA